GCGCGCAAUUAAUAAGUGAAUUUGUGAAAAUCAAUAAUUAAAAUAAAAGUGAAAAAUGCUUAAAUAUUAUUUAAUAAGCGCAAUAUUUAGCGCACACUUGAGCACAUACUGUGACGUGGCGCUGGCGUUGAGCGCAUUCCGGCCGGCUGUGCCGCCGCCGCCGCGCUGGGGUGCCAAUAUGCUAAUGUUGCGGCGUCACAACAAUGCCGCUUUUGAAUUUUGGACUGAUGAUAGUGAUACAAAUCUGUGGGAGCAUUCCGGUCUAUUUGAGGGUGAUAUUAUGCUGCACCGCGAAUGGUUGCGUAACGGUUUAUUGAAGGAGAAAUUCACAUGGCCGGAUGCGACGGUGCCAUUUUAUAUAGACAACAAUGAUUUCAAUCAGACCCAAAUGAUGACCAUUUUGGAGGCUUUCAAAGAGUAUCACGACAAAACUUGUAUUAGAUUUCGACCUUAUGAAAAAGGUGACACCAAUUGGAUUAUUAUAAAGGGUAACUAUACUGGCUGCUGGUCCAGUGUUGGGCGCCGACAGGGAGGGCAGGUACUCAACCUCAACACGCCCCGUUGCGUUUCGCAUGGCAUUAUUGUGCACGAACUGCUGCACGCACUCGGUUUCUAUCACCAACAAAGUUCGACGGAACGUGAUGAAUAUGUGAAAAUUAAUUGGGAGAAUAUACUCGAUGGUCACGCACACAAUUUCAACAAAUACGCACGAACACAUAUAACGAAUUUCGGCAUUGAAUAUGAUUAUCUAAGUGUUAUGCAUUACAGCUCGAAGGCGUUUACCAAAAAUGGCAAGCCGACAAUAGAACCUUUGGAUCCUUACGCUUCCCUGGGCCAACGCAGAGGUCUCUCCAAAAAAGACAUAUCCAAGUUGAAUGAAAUGUACCAAGACGACUGUAAUGUGGAUUAUCUUUUCAGUUUUGAUCGUUUCGGCUCAUAUUUAGAUGAAAUUUUGGAAUAUUUUCAAAACAGUUUAUUUAGUCGGAAUCGUCCGUAUGAUGAGGGUACAAAAAAUGUAAAAAAUUAAAUGUAAUUCUAUACAUUUGUAUACAUACAU